AUGGUGAUCGAUCAAACCGAAGAACUCAUCCCCAAUACAAGCAAGAACGAUCAACCUGCCAUUGAUAUAAGUAGUCCUCUAUACAUUCAUCCUUCGGAUAGUCCCGGAGUGACUCUAGUACUAGUUUCUUUUGAUGGAAUUGGGUAUAGGUCAUGGAAAAGGAGCGUAUUGAGAGCCCUGUCAGUUAAAAACAAAUUAUGGUUCGUAAAUGGAGAUUGUAGGAAGCCUCCUCCCAAUUCUCCACAAUUUCGUCAAUGGGAGAGAUGUGAUGACAUGGUAACUUCCUGGAUUCUCAAUUCCCUUUCAAAGGAAAUUUCUGACAGUGUUGAAUAUGUUAGCGAUUCAGUAGAAUUAUGGAGAAAAUUGGAAGAUCGAUAUGAUCAAACGAAUGGUGUAAAGCUGUAUCAGAUUCAAAAGGAGAUUAAUGAUCUCGUUCAAGGAUCCUUGGACAUUACUACCUACUACACACGGAUAAAAAGGCUAUGGGAAGAAUUAAGCAAUCUCAGUGCAAAGUCCCAGUGCACCUGUGUUUGUACGUGUCGGUCAAAGGACAAUAUGCAUAAGGUAGAACAGGACAGACGACUUAUUCAGUUUCUGAUGGGCUUGAACGAAGUGUACACAACAAUGCGAGGAAGUAUUUUAAUGAUGAAACAUUUACCAUCAUUGGCGCAGGCCUUCCCUUUGUUAGUACAAGAGGAAAAACAAAGGGAGUUCAAACCAAACAAUCAACUAAGCCUAGAGUCUACCUCACUUCAUGUGAACACUGCACCUUCACAACAUCAAAAUCCUUUUGGAGCUCAGAAUUUCAAAACACAUUACACAGCAAAAUCAGGCCAUUUCAAGGGUCGACCAUUCUGUGACUACUGCAAGAGGCCAUGCCAUACAAAGGACAAAGGGAAAGGAACUGUGGCAAAUGUGCAUGGAGUCCCAGCUGAUCUGAUGCAGGAAAAGGAAGAUGAUCCAAUCCUACACAGUGAGAAUCAGAGUGCCUCUUCAGUGAAGAAGCCUCAAGAUCCAUCUUCUUUGAGUGCACUCUUCUCCAAUUACAGUUAUGUUACACCUGAUGCCCUAUGUUCUGAAAGUCGGCACUUAGUGACAAAUGUUUGUUAUGAUAGUGAGCCAUCUUCAUAUGGAGUGGAAACAGUCAGUCCUGUAUGGCAAGCAGCCAUGACACAGGAAUUUGAGGCUCUCUAUGCAAAUAACACUUGGGACUUAGACCCUUUGCCAGCUGGAAAGCAGGCAAUAGGCUGCAAAUGA